AUGUUUCCUAUUUCCUUCCAUCACCCCGGCAAACCCAUACUGGAUUUCAAGGGUUCGCAGAUUGGCCGAGGCAUCAGCGGCACUGCAUCCUUGGUUGUUGGAGAUAGCGGAUCUGCUGCUUACGGCGAUGACACUGCUUCCGUUGAUGGUGCCAUUGACAUGCAGAUGUUGUUGGGGCUCAAACUACUUUUAAGGGCAGUUGGGAAUUAUGUCGAAAACUCGGGUGUUUCCGCCAUGCAUUUGGUGUUGCUUCCUAAGAUCGACCAGGCUUUGAUGUUCGAUGCCACAAUUUGGAAGAUCUCCAAGCUGAAGUUACCGGGGCCACCGUGCCGAAAAGUCGAGGGAACCAAUGAAGAAAAUUGCUGGUGCCAUUCAAUUCUCAUGGACGUCGAAACAGGAAAAAUAAGGCCACUCAGGGUUGAGCAUGAUACAUGGUGUUCAUCUGGUGCUCUUGAUGUGAAUGGCCGAUUAGUAACCUUAGCCGACGGUCGAUUUAUGGUUUUCGGUGGCCGGGAUUUCCCCACAUUCGAGUUCAUUCCGCCACAAGGGCAGAAGAAUACUCGUAACGAUGUCCACUCUUAUAAAUACCUUGUGGAAACCCAUGAUCCUGUUGAAAACAAUUUGUACCCGUUCAUUUAUCUUUCCACUGACGUGAUCCCGGCUGAGGUUUUGGUAUGCGGCGGAACAUCUCACGAGGCGUUCACAAAGGCUGAUUUGCAGCGGCCUAAGGUGUCCCUCCCGGGUAACACCGAUUGUGGCCGCAUCGAUAUCACCAAGAGGAACUGUAAAUGGAAGAUCACUAACAUGCCGUCGGCUCGUUUAAUGGGAGAUGCAGUGAGCGGUUCAACUGGUUGGGAUGAUGCCAGAGACCCAAAUUUGAACCCGAUUUUGUAUACGUUCAAAACUGAUGGGACCGGUUCGAAGUUCACCGUGAUGAACCCGUCCAAUAUUCCCCGUAUGUACCACUCAUCGUUCACCGUUCUCCCCGACAGAAAAAUUCUCAUUGCAGGAAGCAACACGAACCCAGGAUACAUGAACAAGGCAGUGUUCCCCACUGAACUUCGGAUUCAUGGAGGCGAUGCAAUUGACCAUACAAAGCUUCAAGUGACAAUUUACUCUCCGCUAUUUACGACGCACGGGAUCUCAAUGAACCGGAGGUUAAUUCAGUUGGGGAUUGAGGAAUUCAACAAUAGAAAGAUUGUUCUUCAAGCUCCCAUGAACGGAAACAUUGCUCUACCUCGGUAUUACAUGCUUUAUCGUGAACUACAAUGGUGUGCCUUGCCUUCGACCCAUGUGGCUUCAGAUUCUUCCGUAGAGAUUUCAACGGGAUGA